AGAAAAGGGCAACACGGAACGAGAGGAGGUUGCAACACGUUACUUUCGUAUCAAAAGAGCAGUCCGCGAAAAAUGUGUUGAUCAGGCGCAUCAUCGCACAUCGUCGUCAUCGUAGGCAUGCCAAUCUGCGAGCUGCCAAUCUCGUGCAAACUUUUGUGAUAUUUAGCGUUUAGUUCGUCGAAGUAGAGUAAACACGCAGUACUGAGUCGUGGCGCAGCGACAAAGCGAGGAAAAACCAGUGGUUUUCUUCCUUUUUUCGACCCAUCGCUCCGAGCCUGGCCAGCCUGGCUUUCCUUUGGGGCGUCGUGCUACGAUUUGGCUCAUUGUGUGUUAUUAUUUUCUAUUGAGUUCACUUUUCCUCGACCCGCGCAUGCUGUUGCCUGUCGGUGUGUGUAUGUGUGUUUUGUGAAAAAUUUCCUGAAAGUGUUCGGGGGCUCAAGGAAACCCCUGGAAGCCGCGCAAAAGCGUCGUCCGCGGCUUAUGUAAAAGGUGUGAUAAACGCAGAAUCGCCUUGUCGAACUGUUUUUCUUCGCCAGUCAUCGCCAGCUCGCGAUAGACAAAAGAAAUUUGCAGCUUCCCCGUUGCAAAGUGGGAGCGUUGGCCGUUCGAUCGGUGCCCUCAACCCCAAAAUAGGAAGAAAAUCUUGCAGUGCACCGUCUCGCUCACACCUUCUCCGCUCCACACCACACCAGAGACGGCCCGGAACGGAAAACGCGAGUGAGCGAAAGAGAGGCGACCAUCCGACCGUUCGAGAAGUAUUGUUAGUGGGGUAAACCGGAAGAAACCAUCGAAGUCGGCUGCGAAACAUCUUCGAUCGCAGGAAGCAACGACAGUAAAUCAGCAGCACACAUUCGCACGCACCUCAAUCCCCAAGCUCAGCCCGGAAAAUGUCCACUCCAGCUCGCAGAAGAUUGAUGAGAGAUUUCAAAAGGCUGCAGGAGGAUCCACCGACCGGGGUGUCCGGUGCACCGACCGACAACAAUAUAAUGAUCUGGAAUGCUGUGAUUUUUGGUCCACAUGACACACCCUUCGAGGAUGGCACAUUUAAGCUGACGAUAGAGUUCACCGAGGAGUACCCGAACAAGCCGCCGACGGUGCGGUUCGUGUCGAAAAUGUUCCAUCCAAACGUGUACGCCGACGGUGGAAUCUGUUUGGACAUUUUGCAAAACAGAUGGAGCCCCACGUAUGACGUGUCGGCCAUUCUUACAUCGAUUCAGUCAUUACUAAGCGAUCCAAAUCCCAACUCGCCAGCCAAUUCAAUGGCCGCCCAACUCUACAAAGAAAAUCGCAGAGAGUACGAGAAACGAGUGAAAGCCUGCGUCGAGCAAAGUUUUAUCGACUAGCCCCGUUUCCUGCUGUCGCUGUCCUUGCCCAUACCAUCAUCACCAUCAUCACCAUCAGUGUUGUCGAUGUGCGUCAUCUUAUUCGGUCGGCGAUGGUUACCGACACCUAACCUGUACUGGGUGUCCUUUGCCGAUUUAUUACCCCACGAGCACAAUACCUUUGCCAGCAGUUGUUGAUCCAAUGUUGUGCCGCAACAGCCGCGGAAAGGCUCUCGGAAUAGACACCCAGCUACAAACCAUGUCAGUUACACGUUACUUUCCCUAGUUUAUUGGCUACGACGAAGAGUUGGCUACUUAAAAAUGUCCUGUCGAGAUCGAUACAUGGUAAAUUAUGGAAGAACUAGCAGAACAAACACAGUUAUUGCAAUAACCGUCAGUAGGAUUCAAAUAAUCGGGAGAAGGACAGCAUCAUCCUUCAGAAGCUACUACUUUCCAUCGAAAGUCCCGUUUGUGGACGUCUCGCUAUUGUGGCUGGCGAGCGGCGUUUGUUUUUUUGAUAAUUCCUGGUAGUGCCGUUGCGUACAACACACUCAGCACGGUAACAGCUGCCAGGAUAGGAACACUAGCUACUCUGAGAGCGGGCAGCUAGUAGGAGUUGGCCAAACGUUAUUGUGUUUUUCAUCCUUCACAAAGGAAGUAUAAACUAUGUAUGAUAUAUAGAUAUAUAUGCAUAUAUUAUUAGCAGCAGUCGUAAGCAGUCGAUCUUGCAAUGAGAGAAGAGGUUAUGGUGUUUGAAACAGAGUAAAAUGGUAUCGAAAAAUGUCACUUAGGCUAAUCAUCAUUAUUACAGUAAAAUAAUUGUGUACACGAUCAAUUGCGCGCCACCAUUGGGCAACGGGUGUGUUAGCACCGACCGUGCUCUGGGUAUGCCACACUUUAGUCCUUUCAGUAACAUUUAGCAGACACAAAACACGCACUCACAUUCAAAAGAGGAUGAAGUGGUAGUGAUGCAAGAGGGCGACACGUAGUUAAGCGAAGCGGGCGGACUGCUCUUAGUGCCGUUGCCAAACAGGUCGAUGAGUUCGCUGUCGAUCUUCUAACUAAAGUGGGAAACGAAAGAUCAAGAAUAUCCGAGGAGGCGACGCCGCGGUACUGAUAACGCCGAGAAGAGAUUGGAGGCCGUCUACUCUUUGAAGUAUAUUGAAUAUUUUUCGCAUUAGAUUCGGACUACUGAAUUUGAAUGAAAGCUAUCGUUUUUCUCUAAAUGACCCACUGGUGGCAGGAUUAAACAAUUUGAAAGUAUACUGUCGACGUUUGAACGGUGGUGAAACCGAUGGGAGGACCGGCAGUGACAUUCCUAUGCACUGUGAAAGGCGGAAAUGUAUAAUGAUGAAUGCGUUACUGUAGGGGUGGGUGGUACAGAGCGAAAAUUUUCUUAUGAAUAUGUUCUGGGAAUCAAGCUUCCAUAACUGUGCAACAAAUUUUCCCAUUGGAAACAAAAUGGUACAAACCGUACGCAAACUAUGUUUAAUUCUAUGCCUGGAACCUGGAAUCAAAACUAACGAGUGCCGUUGCCGUUGCUUCGAACCUGCGCAAACGAGGGCUUCUUUUCCGUUAUGAUACAUUCUUAACGGCGGCUUUAUUUCAUAGCUUUCCGUCCGCCGUCAUCAGUGUUGCUCCUACCCGUAUCAUUUUGGCCAACGCCUUUCCGUAACAUCCUGUGAGAUGAGAAGUCGCCGCAGACUACGCGCGCAAGGACAAAGACAGCAAACAAGGGAACGAAACGAUACGAAGUCACGGCGAGAGGAAGCACCAAGUUAAACUUCUUACAACAGAACAGAAACACACUUCGCACACACAAUGGUUGCACUAUUUAGUGCCGCGAAGCAAUGCAACUACUGCAUAUGUGUGAAACAAUAAACGAUAGCCAACAAAAAACUUGUAACAAAAUAUAAAAAUAGUAAAAUAAAGCGAAUACGAAUCUA